AUGCAAGCCGCCAUAAACGGCUCCCUUGCCGACCUAAGGGCAGAGCUGCGGAAUGGCGCAGACAUCAGCGCUUCGGACAAGUUCGGCAGGACGGCGCUCUGGCACGCAUCCUCCAACGGCCACUCCAUGGCAGUGAAGCUUCUCCUGGAAUUCGAGGCGGGAACUGAAGCGGCGGAUGUGCACGGCAACACACCGCUUCUGCAAGCCGCUUUGAGAGGACAGGUGGCAUCUGCGGUAGUGCUGCUGGAGGGAGGGGCGGCGGUGAACGCCACGAAUGAUCAGGGCAUGUCCCCUCUGCUCAUAGCCGCACAGCACGGGAACAGGGAAAUGGUGAAAUUGCUGAUUGAUGCCGGAGCGGACACGAGCGUGGCAAAGCGUAGGAGCGGGCAGACCGCCCUGUGGUCGGCGGCCUUCCUAGGACAUGAGGAGAUUGUAGAGUAUCUGAUAAAGGCAGGAGCGGACGUGGACGCUCCAGAGAAGGACAUGGCGACUGCCCUCUACGCCGCGACACAGGAGGGGCAGGCGCGCGUCGCGGCUAUUCUGUUGAGCAAGGGCGCCGAUCCCAACGCCCGGACGCGUCUGGGCGCCGCGCCCCUCCACAUCGCCGCGGCCACCUGCAACCUAGACCUGCUCAGGCUCCUGCUGGCCUCUUCGGGCGUCGACGCCGGAGCAAGGGACCAGAAGGGGCGGACGAGCGAGGAUGUGCUGUGCCUUGAAGGUGGGGACGAGGAGACUGAGACAGAGAUGCGCGAGGCGUUGAGAAAAGUGGAGACAAUUCAGGCGGCGUCUUCGACCCUGCCGACGCCGGCACCAACAUUUGCAGCGGCACUCCAGGAGACCAUUCCAGCGCCAGAGCCAACAGUGGCGCCAGCACCAGCACCGGCACCAGUGCCGGAAUCAUCAUCUCCCACCACUGUGCCCCGAUCCUCUCCUCUCGUCGUCCCUCUAGUCGACGACCUCACCACUGCUGACGAGCCCGCCGCCAAUCCCCCCGCGCCCCCUCUGUCCGCCGUCGACUCCCCCACUUCCGUCGCCCUCCAGAAGAGGCGCGACGAACCCACGUCCACCCAGGCCGACGACUCGACGAACGGCCGCGACGAACCCAAGGAGUCGGACACCACCAGCAGCGUGGGCGCCGCCGUGGCGAUCUCAGUAGUCACCGUGGGGGCCCUGGCCAUGUUAGUCGAGCAGGGUCGUCGCUGCCGCGCCAACUCCAAGCCCGGUACAACAAUCCCCGCAGCUCUAAACGAGGUUCGUCGAUUCAGAGGUGGAGGAAUGGGAGGACAGCCGCCUCUGCCCAGGAAGAGCUCGACCGCGUCCAGUCGAAGCAUAACGGUGGUGGUCAGAGAGCUGUCCACGGAUUCGGACAUGGACUCCGUGCAGUCCAGGCAGGCGGAGCCGGCGUGGUGCCCUCCCGUGGAGUACGGGUCAGGCGGCGUGGCCGCGCUUUCGCAGGCGGUCGCGUCGCCGAACUCGUCGCACCACGGCUCAUCGGUUUGCAGCUCCCCACGGUCGUACAGCAGCGACUUCCGGAGGCACGUGCAGACUGCUCAAGUGGGUAUUGCGAGCGAGGUCAUUUUUACAUUCCUGACGAAUCUAUGUCUUCCCAAGCACCCUGGAAGAGCCGUCCUACCCCGCCCCCCAGGAAAUGCGGCGAGGCCUGGCCUCCAGCAGCUCAGGUUCAUCCCAUUCAUCAACCCAUGCCUCCUCCUCACGUGGCUCGCCGGUCCCUCAAGCAAACUCCUGGGGCGGUUGCCCCUCAGGGUGGACGCCCGAGACGAGCUGGAUCAGCAUGGAUCUAGGGCGGACGUCGAUCGGCAUGGAUGCCGUGCCCACGUCGACGUCGAUCUGCAUGAAUUCCGGGAGCCCACGUUUCUCGAGCGGCACCAAGAGCCCUCGCUCAAAGAGUUGGCAGGGGGCGAGUGGGGGGAGCGGAGGGGGGAGAAGGAGGGGGUUCGAGCUGGAAGGGGGGUGGGACGUAAUGGGGGCCUCGUGUGGCAGCAGCAGGUUUCAUUCGGAGGGCCACGGCACUUGAAGGUGACUGAUGCAGUGGCGACGGCCGUUCAUGAACAGAUGGUGAUGUUCGGAUAA